UGAACAACGACGUGAAGAAAAGGUCGGUGUAUGCGGAAGUGCAGUGGCUGAUCCGCACACUGAGGCCGAUCUAUUUGACACAGCUCGACCUGGUGGUCGAGAAAGUGGGAAUUCAUAUGACGAGAGUGCACAACGUUCAUCUGAACACUCAUCUGGAGGGCAAUUAUAUGAACAACAACAAAAACGCCAACAACGAGUAAAAACACGAACAAGCCUGAUCAUGUGUAUGGCUGCAUCGGCGAGUUUCGUAUUGUUUGGGCUACUUUUUGGAGAAGUUUGUCAUGCAAACAUUUCUACGAAGAGAAAUUGGGUUUGGCGUUUUGAUGCAUGAUGAAGAAGAGCGAGUUGUGCAGUUUCAUAAUGCAGAGAGCCGUGUUGGAAGAGCAAGGGCUACUCUUUCCGUCUUCAAGUGCAGGGAAAAUAAAUCAUGAUACACACCAGGGAGCAGCAGAUGGCCUCCCGCCACCUCCAGGGGCUGCUGGAGCAGAUUUUUUUGGACCGCAGCAGAGUUCUUUACUCACUUUGCAGAAUCAUCUAACGGACCAGCUCGGCAAACGCUUGCUCGUCGCCGCCAGACAUUUACAAUCGGCGUUGCACGACUAUCCGUCGAUCAUGAACCUGUUCUUUCCGGAACUGAACCUCAACACCAACAACGAGGACGGAAAGGAAGUGGUCGCUUCGUUGCAUGGCUGCCAAGCGAGGGUCCGGGAGUUUUUGCGGGGCGCGGCGCAAGAGGUCGGGCAUGGUACAGAAACCGUAACGGAAUGGGACAGGCUUUUGGCGGGAAUGACGGUGCCACAAAUUGAAGACAUUGAGAAACACGUCUGCAUGACAUUCGACAUUCUAGACGGCAAACCAGAAUUCUGGCAGGCGCAGGCAAAAACUUUUGCGAUUUAGUGGCUACCUCGGCCGCCAUCACAAAUGUCAAGCCAACAAUUACAAUGAAACAAUGACUGAUUUCGAGCAACUUUAACAGUUGUCUUUUAUCACAUGCGGAACAUUUUCUAGCAAACGUGCUCAGGUUCUUGCACACAGAAGUAAUCAUUUUUUUCAUACAUACUCAUACAUAGAUACGACAUUAUUUAGCGUCUGGACCUGCGGUUUUUCUCAAUGAUAACAGCGGGACGGAUGCUCUAACGAAACGAUGACCGUACAAAACUCUUCUAGAAGCUUGCUUCUUAGAAAUUCGAUUUUUGUUUCACCACAGGUUUGAAGAUUUCCAGAUCACGCAAAUCAAUGCCAGUGUCACCUGUUCUUGCUAUACCAGAAAUAGAUGCGGCUUUGUUCAGAGAUGAUAGACGCAAAUAAUGAUCGCCAGAUCGUUCUCCAUAUUGUACAGCCUGGUAGAAAAACUACACGUACAUGAGCUAGAGCGCAGAUUGUUGUUUUUUUGGUGACUGGUUACAUGAUUCCAAAAAACGUGUCGCAGAAACUCGAUGUUGCUACUAUUUCGCGAUUGAUACAACGUUCAAGAACAAAAACGAACUUUGUGUGUAUAACUUUUGUCAUGAAAAAAUGAAAAUGAAUCGAAGGAAUGCAGAGUUUUCCCGGUCGGAGAUCUUCUCUUCGGGAGAAAUUCUCACUCUCUCGUGCUCGUGUAACCCAUCAAAUUUUCUCAGAAGGACCGAAAUCGCUGGUUGUACAGAAAAUCAUCAUCAAUUACUUGAGCCGGUUUUUGGCUUUCCGCUCCUCGGCUCGCAGCCCUACUGUUGCCGUGGAUUAGUUUAAUUGGAUGUGUUCGGCUUGUUCGGCGUACAACCGUAGUUUUUGCUCCUCAUUUUCACGAAGAACAAAACAACGAGAGCAGACGGGGCGUUAUAGGUAUUCUACUUAUCACAUCUGUUUCCGUGUGGUCCACCAUGCGCUACUUGCCGCUUUCGUUCUUUCUCGUAGAAUAAGCAAUAGAAGACCCCAAAAA